GGUCAAAGUGCAGAUGUCAUGGGACCCUCAGAUCAACAGCCAUCUGCAGCAAGAAAGUUUUCAUUUAAACACAAAAAGCAGAAGAAAGGAGUGGCACCUAAAAAAUGAAAAAAACCAGAUUGAUGAAGAUGAGGAAAUGGCUCGAAUUGAAGGGUUCCUUUGGAGGGAGAAAGAGCCUCCGUAUAGAUGAAAAAGAAAAGUAUGCAGCCAUUGAGAAUGAAAUAAGGGAAGUUAAGAAGUUGCAAGUGGAAUAUGGUCAGAUGCUUCAGAAGAUUCUUGAUAGGUUGGAUAGACAUGUGGAUGAUGGUACACGAGCUGGAUUUGAGAAGUGUGAUGGUCAUGUGGAGGGCACACAAAUUGGGUUAUCAGAAGGCGUGGAAGAAUCCGGAGAUAAGAGUGAAAAGGGAAAUGAAGCAAAGUUAGAAUCAAACAUGGAAAAAAGGAGAACAAAUGGAGAAGAGAAUGACAAAAAUAUUGAACUUAAUAAGAGUGAGAAUGAAGUUGUUGAAAAAGAGAGCAUGUGUGUGGCUGGGUAUAAAUUUGAAUUGGCUGAGACACAGUAUGGUGAAGAUGUACUGGCUGAGUUGGAUGUUAUAGAGAGAAAUACUGUGGAAUCCAAACAGAAUGAGAAAGAGGAUGACAUUUAUAGGUUGAAAACAUAUUUGGAGAAAGGAAUGUUGAAGCGGAUGUCAAAGUCAGGAGGGAGAAGAAUGUACACCAAGGAAGAGGACAACUUGGAGAAUAAUCCUCUCAUUCUGGAUGUGCACACUGUGAAUAACAAGACAUGGCUGUAUGAUUUGUUUAUGGAUCAAGAGUGGUUGGGAACAUUGCACAUUGAGGUUGGAAUGUUCUAUUUGGAAGUGAAAAGGUUCCACUACAAGCUUAGCCAAAAGUAUGGAACAACAACACCGUUCUUCAUGGAUGCCCUAAAGAAACACCAUGACAAAGUUGGUGCAAAAGGGAAAACUGCACGCGAUGUUGGAAGCAUUAAAAACCUAACAAGUGAGAUAUUGGGUAAAGUAAGAAGGUGUGCAAUUAAGUGGGCAGAUGCAGAUUUUGUGUACAUACCCUUGAAUACUGGCAAACAUUGGAUUUUGCUAGUAUUAGAGAUUGAAGGGAAGACGAUAUGGGUGUAUAAUUCAAUGAGAGGGAAGUCAACAGGACUCAAAGACAUGGCAGCUUACAUCGCGUGCAUCAAACACCUACUUCCUAAGCUCCUGGAUGCAUGUGGUGUCUAUAAACAGCACCCUAGUGGACCAAUGGGAAAUCAGGAAAUCCGCAUAAAUGAAGCUCUAAAUUGUCCACAACAAACAGAUCAGUAAGUUUUAACUACACGUGAAACAUUAACAAGCAUGCACAUGUAAGUCUUUAUAAAAUGUAAAUACAUUGAUUACUAAUUG